AUGGGUUCUGGCAGCAGUCGUCCGCGGUCGCGCCCAUCUGAGUCCCGACCCAGCAGCCCCCCUGUCAACCGUUCACCUUCAAGGAUUCUGUCAUCAAUCAUCUGCGGUGGCUCUUCUUCUUCCCGCGCUGCAGCUGAGGUGGAAGGUCGUCCCUAUGAAAUGUUGAAGAGCUCUGUGGAAAAUGAUGACACAGGAGCAAGCAAAAUCCAAAGCCCUAUACUGGGAUCGGCUGCCAUAAUUGGUUCAGAAACAGUUUCUGCCAAUUCUGGUAGUGGUAUUGGUCAUUCAUCAACAGGCAGUAGUAUUACAGCCAGCAAGAGAAUUACCGGUGAAGGUGGUUUGAGAAACUCAGGAACAAGUAAUCAAGAGAGACGUUUCUCCGAAACUUUGGAGUUAGUCUCUUCCCAGGUAUGUGAUGAAUAUAGCUACGACGACUCUUUUAGGAAUAGGUAUAGUGGUCAUGAAGCUAGUACUUCAUUUAGAGAACAACAACCAUCUUCAGAUCCACUCUCUGUAAAUACAUUGGCUAACAAACAUGCAGUCAAUGGUAUUGACAAUCCAGAGAAUAGUAGGUAUAGGCAUGCAGAGAGUUCAUCUCAAGGUCUACUGCACACAUCGAGUUUUGGUAGGCUUUCCGUCGAGAAUCACAUGGAUGAAAUGACAACUUGGCCCCUGCACAAUUCUGAUUCUGUUUCUGUGCAAGAAACGAAUACUGAGGAUUUAGGACUUCCGAUAAGGGAACAGGCCCAGGAUGAUGGUGAUGUUCUUCAUGUAGAUGUUGUGAGCAUCUCUUCCAGAAUCUUCUCUAGGGGAACUGCUGAUAGGACUAGUUAUCAUGAGACCAGAAGAAACAGUAGACGACUAUUCUGGGAUGCAUUUUCGAGGCGUAGUUCCUGGAGGCCUAUGGAUUCUCCAACCAUUGUGCUCUCUACAGAUGAUAGUCCUGAUGAUUUACAAUCUCACGAUAGAUGGCUCCUUGAUUUCAGUGGCAACUUUCUCGACGAUGGUGUUACUAGUAGCGAUUCUGAAUACCUUGGCAGCAGGAUUCAUAGCUGGACUGACCGGAGACGCCAAUCUAGAUCAGAGAUUUGGGAGAGACUUGUUGGCAGCCUUGAUGAUGACGAACGGCGAACAACAUUCUGUCCUUCUGGACUUCACCCCGAGGGUACUUGUUCAUGUGAAACACUCUUGUCAGGAAGGGAGUCGAGUACUCGUGCAAAUAUAUCACGGAUAGUCAUGCUUGCUGAAGCACUGUUUGAGGUUUUGGAUGAAAUCCAUCGCCAGCCUUCUUCACUUUCUAUGUCCAUGGUCUCACUCCCAGCUCCAGAAUCUGUGGUCGACUCUUUCCCUCUUAAGAAUCACAAAAAGGAGGACAAGAUCGACGAUGGUGAAGAAGCCGAGCAGUGCUACAUCUGUCUGUCGGACUAUGAAGAAGGGGAUAAAAUAAGAGUUCUUCCCUGCCAUCAUGAGUAUCACAUGUCAUGUGUUGAUAAAUGGCUCAAAGAGAUCCACGGGGUCUGCCCACUCUGUCGCGGAGAUGUUCGCCAGGGUGAAAACGAUUCUGUCUCCACCUCGGAGAUUCCUUCACUCUGAUCAUAGAAUUAUAUGUGCUGCACAAUGUAAAUAUCCCUCUCAUGCGAAAGGAAGUUCAUUUCAUCCAACAUUUUGUACAUUCCUGGGUAAAAAUCGAAUCGCCUUUUCAUAUACCAGAUAUCUCUGUAUACAUUUGAAACUCAUCUACUAUGAUACCGAAAGAACCGGAAUCUACAUCGACAAACAGAUUAUAGAAGAACAUGGUUCUUCUUUUU